AUGAUGAGGGGAAACAGCAACGAAGAGCUAUGGCUGGUGGUCGAUGGUACCGGACAAGCACAGCUGUUAGAGUCUGGAGAACAUGAGAUCAUGAGACGUACUGGUCUCACCGCAACUGACCUUCAAAUUCUUUCCACCCCUUCCACUAUUCUCGGACAACUUCAAGACAGAAUCCUCCGUUACGAUGCAACCACCACUCCUCUCCCGUUUGAAUUCACAGCACUUGAGGUGUGUCUUGAGGCGGUUUGCAUAGUGUUGAAGAAUGAAACAAAGACACUAGAACAAGAUGCACGUCCUGCUCUAGAUGAACUAGAUUCAAACAUAAGUGGUAACAGUUUGGUUGUUGUUGGCGAAUUGAAGAUCCGGUUGGUUGACAUUACCGCUCGGGUUCAAAAGUUAACAGAUGAAUUAGAUCAUUUGUUCCUUGAUGCAAAUUUGGCUGAGAUUUAUCUCACCAAAAAACAACAAAUGGAAGAAAACUCCUCUACCACCACCACAGAUGCCACCGACGAGCUUGUGCUAGACAUGUUCGAAGAAUACGUCGUUCAGAUUAACUAUACUCUCCACGAACUCUCCAUGCUGAGGAAGGAUGUUGAGUACAAAGAGGAGUACUUCAACAAUGUGUUGGUUUACCAACAGGAACGUCGCGCACAAAAGAAAUUCAAGCUGACCAUUGCGUAUGUGGCAGUAACAGGAUGUAUUACUGUGAUUGGUAAUUUACGCAACAGUGUUUGUAAUGACGGAGUUUUUCUCUUCUCCGUUGGUAUCUGCAUUAAUGUGUUCAUAUUCUUGUAUAUGUGUGUCAUUGUCUGGUCGAAGCAUAAAUGCUUGUUAGAUUAA